AAGCCGUCUAAAUGCAGCUCCAGCGCACGAAGUUCAGCUCUGAAGGCAGUUUGGCAAUGCGAGCUUUCCCCACCUUGAGCAGCAACCACCACGGGUGAUGUUAUUGCUACACGCGGCAACACUCGCUUCACCGACAAAGCAGCUGUAUCACCUGGUGCCCUCACACUUCCCGGCCUUAUCCAGGACGGGGAGCAACACCCCUUCCCUCCGGCUAAAGGCACUCAACAGACUGCAAGUAAUAUUACAACAUUUGAAAAUGUCUAAGCAAACAGAUUCGACAGCAGAAGUGUUGUUGGAAAAGAAAGGAGGUGCAGGAAUAAUAACUUUGAAUAGACCCAAGACUCUCAAUGCGCUAAAUCUGUCUAUGAUCCAACAAAUUUAUCCUCAAAUAAAGACGUGGGAACAAGAUCCUGAAACUUUUCUCAUAAUUAUAAAGGGAACUGGAGGAAAAGCUUUUUGUGCUGGGGGUGACAUCAGAGCCAUCACAGAAGCGGGGAAAGUUGGAGAUGAACUGCCACAAGAUUUCUUCAGAAGAGAAUAUAGGCUGAACAAUGCCAUUGGGACUUGCAAGAAGCCAUAUGUGGCACUUAUCGAUGGCAUUACAAUGGGAGGGGGAGUUGGCGUCUCAGUCCAUGGACAUUUUCGAGUUGCUACAGAAAAGACUCUUUUUGCCAUGCCAGAAACAGCAAUAGGCCUUUUUCCUGAUGUAGGUGGAGGGUAUUUCUUGCCAAGACUCUCAGGAAAGAUUGGCUAUUACCUCGCACUAACAGGAUGUAGGCUGAAAGGAAGAGAUGUGCUAAAAGCUGGCAUCGCUACGCAUUUUGUAGAAUCUGAAAAGCUACCUGCCUUGGAGAAAGACCUGAUAGCACUGAAAUCCCCUUCAAAAGAAAAAAUUGCAGAUUUAUUGAACUCCUACCACAUGAAGUGCACAGUUGAUCAAGAAAAGGAGUUUGUACUUGAUGAACAUAUGGAGAAGAUUAACAGUAUUUUUUCAGCAAACAGUAUGGAAGAAAUUGUUAAAAAAUUAAAGCAAGAUGGUUCUCCUUUUGCCAUGAAGCAGCUUGAGACUAUUAAUAAGAUGUCACCUACAUCUUUAAAGCUGACUCUCAGACAGCUCAGAGAAGGAGCUUCCAUGAGCUUACAAGAGGUACUCAGGAUGGAAUACAGACUGAGCCAAGCAUGCAUGAAAGGCCAUGACUUCUACGAAGGGGUUCGAGCAGUGCUGAUUGACAAAGACCAGUCCCCCAAGUGGAAGCCAGCUGCUCUGGAAGAAGUCAGCGAUGAAUUUGUGGACAACUGUUUUAAACCACUGGGAAACGAUGAUCUCAGGCUGUAAAGAUCAAAGCUAGUGACAUCUUAUCUAUCUGCUUAGUUCUGUGAUACAAAAAUUUAUAGCAGUGUGAUCAAUUUUGGCAAGACUUUUUUAGCUAGCCUGACAUUCACAAGGCUUUUUUCUGUUGUUUUUUUUUUUUUUUUUUCAUUCAGGAACAUUCUCUAUAAUGAGAAAAUAAUUGUAUCUCUGGUUAAUAAUGGGAAAAAUCACUUCAAGGCAAAUUGUUAUUUUUACUGCUUUACACAGUGAUUAACAUUUAAUUUUUUGCAUCAGCUCUUAGUUUAAGAGGAGCCCUUGGGGAAAGAGCACAGUGAAGGGGUGACCUAAUAAGCAAAAAGUCAAGAGGCCUUUUGUGUUCUUGGCUCUGUCACUGAUCUGGUAAAUUGGUAUUGUGCCUCAGAUUCUUCUGUAUACAAUGAAAAUAAAAUAUGGUUAAACCUUUAAUGUAGUCAGAGCUACAAAGGAAAAUGCAACACAGAAUUCAUGGUGUUAAAUACCCUUUUAAAUAAAAGCUCAGACUGAUACAUUAUUAGUCUAAGAAAUUGUUCUGUUGAUUUAAGGUUUGGUCAUUUUUCAGCCUUGCUGUGUGAUGUAAACGUUUCAAAUGUGAUAAUGUUGCCAGAGCCUAGAGCACAUUUCUCUUUGCUUGUAUAGCCCAUUUUUUUAAAUGGCAUUAAGUCUGAUUCGACUACAUAAUCAGUUUUUCACGAUUUCACAAAAUUGCUGGUUUUUCUUGGUCUUACAGUGGUGAAGAAACAAAUGCCUCAAAGCUUGCUGUGAACACCAAGCAGCACAUUUCCUGUGCAUUCAAGGUGGCUGGGUUCUGAUAAUACAUGAGGUUAUAUGACAUAACCAGAACCCCUUGAUACAAGUAUUUGUGAGUGGGAAAUUAUUUUUUCUAUUGUGUAUGCAACACACAGCUACCAAUCUUUCUUCAACAUUACGCCUUCUUCUUUAUGCUUCAUCAGUUCACGUUAUCAGUGCUUCUUCCUACUUAUUUCUACACUUACAGGCAGGUCACAAGUACAAAUUUUGGCUUCUCUGAAGACUAAAGAAAACUUCUGUUCAAAUGCCAUAGUCAGUAACCAGCACUGGGGAGUCAAAAAGUCAGAGCUGCAGCAGAACCAUUAUGGAGUUUUCGACAGUGGGCAGUUUUUAUUACCAACAGCAAUGCUCUACAAUGGUUUAAGGCUCCUUCCUUUCCAGGAGCUGUUGCCUGGAAACACAGUCCAGGAAAUUCAGGCAUCAAGGUGAACUACCAGAGUGACUUUCAAAAAAACAGAGGUGAGCAAAUGGAGAACUAAAUCAAGAAAAAAUGGCACUUGCUUUGUCACUGGAGUCUUGUAAAAUAAAUUGGUUAAAAUUUCAGCUGCAAGUUUAUGUUACCAUGGACAUGCUUGUUAUGGGACUGUCCUUGAGUUUAGCUCCAAAAGUAAUUGAGAUUUCAUUAAUACCUUUAGGGUAAUUCUGAAAAUAUCACUUGAGUUUCUACCUCAAGCUGGUUCCGUAAGAAGUACAAAGCUUCCCCUGUAUUUUUAAAAACCUUUGCAUGUUUUACAUUCAUAAACAAUUGCUAUUUUUAAAAGAUUGGUUAACUCCAUUGUUUUUGUAUAAAUGGAGCAGUCUUCAGCCAACUGUAUUUAAUGAAAAACACAGUAAUUCCCAGGGAGUAGGGAUCAUGUCUCCGCUGAUUGUAAAUGACUUACAUGAUUUCAGGAAGAAUAUACUUCUGAAUUAAAAAACUUUGAUUUGCAUGUUCAGUUGCUUCCAAAAUUUAUGUGAACAGGAAUUAUCCCAAGCUCAAGGUAAUGAGAUCUUGUCUAAUCUGUGCAAUCUUGCGUUUUUUUCAAAUAAAAGGCAUAAAAGCA